CUUCCUUAAUUCUCUCUCCCUCUGUUUCUUUCUUCAGACUCUCUCCCUCUCUCCCUCCCUCAACGUAACACAGACACAAACAACUUAGAAAACUCAAAUCAUGUGUCAGCUUCAAUCUCCUGAUGAUCUUCUUCCCUGCAAAUGCAAUGAUCCAAAUUCCGGUUACCUUAAACACCCAGAACCAGAUAUGUCAGAACCAUUGAUCCUCAAACCUGUGAAUCAAAUCGAUCUCUCUGAUGCCUUCAAAGAGGUUGUCUCUAUUGGCAAGAUUGCUCUGCCUAUGAUCCUCACCGGUCUUCUUCUCUAUUGUCGUUCUAUGAUCUCCAUGCUCUUCCUCGGCCGCCUCAGUGAGCUGGCUUUGGCCGGGGGCUCCCUCGCCGUCGGGUUCGCCAACAUUACUGGUUACUCCAUUCUCUCCGGUCUCGCCGCCGGAAUGGAACCCAUUUGUGGACAAGCUUUUGGGGCUAAGAGAUUCACCAUGCUCGGUCUCUGUUUACAGAGAACGAUUCUUCUUCUACUUUUCACCUGUAUCCCCAUAUCUCUGCUUUGGAUAUAUAUGAAGAAAAUUCUUCUGUUUUGUGGUCAGGAUGAAGCCAUAGCCACACAAGCCCAAUCCUAUCUUGUUUAUUCUAUCCCUGACCUCUUGGCUCAAUCGCUUUUACACCCAUUACGGAUUUACCUUCGAAGUCAAUCCAUUACUCUGCCUCUAACGCUCUGUGCCAUUUUAUCUGUUGUGCUUCAUGUACCCAUCAAUUUCUUCCUCGUUUCUCACCUUAAUCUGGGAAUCAAAGGCGUUGCUCUUGGUGGGGUUUGGACUAACUUCAACCUCGUGGCUUCUUUAAUCCUGUACAUCAUUUUCUCAGGGACGCAUAAGAAGACCUGGGGAGGUUUUUCCUUCGAGUGUUUCACGCAAUGGAGGAAACUUCUCAAUCUGGCGGUUCCUAGCUGCAUUUCAGUCUGCCUCGAGUGGUGGUGGUACGAGAUCAUGAUUUUGCUCUGUGGGUUGCUUCUGAAUCCUAGAGCCACCGUAGCUUCCAUGGGCAUUUUGAUCCAAACCACGUCUCUUCUCUACAUUUUCCCAUCUUCCAUAAGUUUCAGUGUUUCAACCAGAGUUGGAAACAAGGUUGGCGCUCAAGAGUCAACUAAAGCAAAGCUCUCUGCUAUUGCGGGUCUCUCUUGCAGCUUCGUCUUGGGCCUCUCUGCUCUGGCUUUUUCUGUAAUGGUGAGGAACGUGUGGGCCAGUAUGUUCACUAGGGACAAAGAAAUUAUAACCCUAACCUCCAUGGUUUUACCUAUAAUAGGCCUCUGUGAACUGGGAAAUUGCCCGCAAACGACAGGAUGUGGAGUUCUGAGAGGCACAGCGAGGCCAAAGGUUGGUGCUCACAUAAACUUGGGAUGUUUCUACCUUGUGGGAAUGCCUGUGGCCAUAGCUCUGGCUUUCUUCUCUGGGUUUGAUUUUAAAGGUCUCUGGUUAGGCCUUCUGGCUGCCCAAGGCUCGUGCGCAGUGACGAUGCUUGUGGUUCUGAGCCGAACGGAUUGGGAACUAGAGGCCCAAAGGGCGAAGAGACUCACAGGAACAGGGGAGGCUGUGGUCGAGACAGAGAAGAUGCCCAAAGAUGAAGAAAGCCAGCAAGAUUCUUCAGGCUGAUGAUUCAGAUGCAGAAAAUAAGCAAUCGUGGAAUUAACUAAUUUCCUUUACUAAACCCAGGAAAACCCCCAAAAAAAAAAAGAGAAAAAAAAUCUUUGGAGACUUUGUCUUUUGCUGUAUAGGGUAGUAGAUAGAGCAGAAAGGGCCGAAGACUUAUUUUAAUUUUAAUUUUUUAUUUUUGGUAGAGGGGUAGUUGGGGAAUUUCCCUAGCGGCGCGCCUAUUCCAAGGACAAAUGCUAGUUCCUGUGAAAUUCAAAUACUACAUUUUACAAAGCGUUGAAUCUCAUAGGAAGUAGCAACUUGUAUUAAUUUCCAAGGAGUAACCAUUGUUGCUGUAACCUCAAGUUGAUCCUCUGUUUUUCUGUUUCUUGUUUUCCCCUCCUUUUCGGCUUUUAUAUCAAGGGGGAAACCAGUUACAUCAUAAUCCUAACUACCAUUGA